UAUAUAGCAGCAGGCAGCCUCAACAGCCAGGUCUUCACAGAGGAACGUCAAACCACCUACCCGAGCCAAGGGUCUUUCCCUGGCACAUCGGCGGAACUCUAGUUUAUCUCUCGACCACGGAUUCGAACGCAGAAGCAUCCAUUAUACACGGGCUUGUAGAGAAGUUGCACACUUGCAAGUCUCUUCUGGCAACCGCGGCGUGACGUCACAUCAGCGAGCUCUCCCUCCUCAUCCCUUAUCCUUCCCCUCUGGUGCUCCUUCGCCAGGAAGUAGCCCGUCUUGACAUCAAGUUCAUGGCCACCCCAGCGCACCGGAGGUCUUGUGCUUAAGCCAUUCCCAUGCGGCACGCCGUCGAAACAGGGCUGAGGUUCUAGCGACGAGACCCUCACCGCCGACCAAGACUCAGACGACAAGAAGUCCUCACCGACGUCAACUCUUCAUCAUCAGUCAUUCGCGACGACGGCACCCUCAACGACAUCGACACAAGCGAACGUCACCGAAUCCAACGACCGUCACCGAGUCAUUCGAAUGUCACGAGACCCAGCCAUCUUGAUCAUCUCAUAACGUGAUUGGGCACCAACGCCCUCGUCGCUGCGGAUAACCGACUUAGAACGAGUUACAACCGAUCGAGACUACGACCCACCCCCUCCUCGAGUGUCGCCACCGACCAACCGACCAGCCGACCACAAGCACCACGCCACCCCGACUCCCCUCGACCCAAGACCGACAACUUUCUUCAACCGACACGCACCGCCCAUCCAGUUCACCGACGCCCCAGAACAUCCCUACCCUCUGCCACGACCGUCACCACACCACUUCCUCACCACAAAUACUGCAGCGAAUCGAGUCACCACCACCAACGGACUCGCCAUGUCUAUCUGCACGCUUACCUUCCUCGCUCUCUGUGUUACAGUAGUGAUGGCGGCCCCAAAACAGCAGGGCGUGAGCACCAACUCCACCGCCCUAUCUUCCAACUAUGAAUUCCUGUGCGAACUGCGAGCCAGCGGGACCAUCCCGGUGGUCAAGUACAGGAGUCGCCGCACGGGCAUGAACGUGGUGAUCGCCAGGGUGGAAGGGCCGGUCGUCAAUGGAUACUUCACCCUUGCAACUGAAGCCCAUGACGAUGAUGGUUUGCCACACACCCUGGAGCACUUGGUGUUCUUAGGUAGUGAAGAAUACCCUUACAAGGGUGUUCUUGAUCUCCUGGCCAACCGCUGCCUCGCCUCAGGAACAAAUGCUUGGACUGAUACUGAUCACACAGCCUACACCGUCCAAACAGCAGGGAGUGAAGGUUUCUUGAACCUGUUGCCAAUCUACGUUGACCAUCUCCUCUACCCUACACUAACCGACUCUGGAUUCAUCACCGAAGUGUACCACAUAACGGGUGAUGGUGAAGAUGCAGGAGUGGUAUAUUCAGAGAUGCAAGCCCGUGAGAACACAGACAGUGACAGAUGCUAUCGUGCCAUGCUCAGAGCCAUGUACCCCCACCCCAGUGGCUACAGGUCUGAGACUGGAGGCAUCAUGAAGAACUUACGGGAAAGCACUUCCAAUCAGAAGAUUCGCAAGUACCACCACGAAUUUUACCGUCCAGAAAACCUCAACAUUAUCAUCACUGGUCAGGUUGAACCAGAGGAAGUCUUUUCUGCUUUGGAAGGAAUUGAACAAAAAAUUCUCAGGAAGGCUGAAGAUAGAGGCGCUUACGUCCGACCAUGGCAGAGCCCCGUGCCACCCAUUGUGGGCUCAGUUGACCAGCUUGUGGAGUACCCAAGUGACACUGAAGAUACUGGUUUGGUCCUUGCUGCUUGGCGAGGACCAUCUGCUGUCUCACAAAUUAAUGAAUUGAUGAGCAUGGGUGUGUUGAUGGAGUACCUCACUCAUUCCUCAGUCUCACCUUUACCAAGUGUCUUUGUUGAAGUGGAGGAUCCUCUUUCCAGCAAUGUUUAUCACAGCUGUUAUGAAAAUUCUGUAUCCACGUGCUACUUUGAGUUCACCGGUGUCCCACGAGAAAAGGUAGACCUAGUGAAGCCAGUCCUGAUGGACACACUCAACAAGAUUGUGUCUGGUACCAUCCCCAUAGACAUGAAUGUUAUGAGGGAUAUCCUCUCCAACCUCAUCUUGAAGCAAGAGAGCCGUUUGGAAACUUCACCUCAUGACACCAUAGCUGACUUUAUCAUUGGAGACUUGCUUUAUGGUCAGCAGUGUAGAGAUCUGGACACAAGGCUGAACAAGAAGCUAUGGUAUGAGCACCUCCUGACCAAAACGGCCGACUGCUGGAUUGGUCUCAUUCGCCAAUACUUCAUAAAUGGCGAUUUGGUGUUGAUUCGAGGUAUCCCAUCUGUACAAGAAGCCACAAGACUUGAUGAGGAAGAAAAAGCAAGAAUAGAAGCAAGAAAGCAACAAAUUGGAGAAGAAGGCUUGAAAAUGUGGCAUGACAGAGUUGAGGAAGCCAAGAAAACCAAUGAGAUUCCUCCUCCUCCUGAGAUGCUGCAGUCAGUCCCAGUUCCAGGAACACACAGCAUCAACUUCCAUCCCCUGCAAGCCUUCAGCAACCAUGGUGAACAAAGAACACACUCCACCAUGAAACAGCAGCCCCAAGCCAACCUUCCACUCCAGCUCAGUGACUUGCCUGUAAAGUUCCAGCUUGACAACCUGCACUCGAACUUUGUAGAGAUGAUUGCUAUUCUCGACACCUCAACUGUGCCUGCGACUCUUCGACCGUACAUCAUGCUCCUGCUAGACCUUAUCUUUGAAUCCCCAAUUCAGCGUGGCAACUCUAUCAUUCCAUACGAAGAAGUUGUCCGUGAAUUGUCUGCAGAUACAAUCUACAGAGACAGCCAGAUUGGCCUUGGUCUUUCAAGUGGCAAGUUCUCUUGUGGACCUUAUUGCACUAAUGCGGUUGUGGUUAUCAAGGUGGAGAUGCCAAAAUACAGGAAGGGAGUACAGUGGUUAAAAGAAGUGUUGUUUGCCAGCCAGCUGUCUGCAGAUCGUAUACGAGUAAAAGCCAACAAACUCAUCAACUCCAUCGGUGAAGCUAAGCGCAGUGGGCCCAAGCUCCUGCAGCUUAUGUUCAAUGAUGUUGUUUUCAAGAAAGAAUCCAACAAAAACCAGCAAAACAUCCUCCGUCAACAGAAGUUCCUUACACAGUUGCUCACUAGACUUGACACGGAAGAGAUGCAGAUCUUGAAGGAGUUAGAAGAGGUGAGAUGCUCCAUGGUAAAUAAAGAUCGUAUAACUAUACACAUGGCAACUGACAUGCAAAAAUUGGCAUCUCUUCAAGAUGUAUUUACCCCAUGGAUGGACUUUGUUCCAAAUGUUGAAACUCCUAAAGAAAAGCUCCUAAACGUGAUCCCAGACAGUGAAUUGCGUUCUAAUGAAGACCUCGGAACCGUGACUGGCUUUUUAACUGGUGUUGGCUCUGUUGAAUCAGCUUACCUUCUACAGUACACCCGUUGUGUCACUGAGCACAGGGACUGGGAUGUUCCUGCUAUACUCACAGCUAUCCAAUACUUGACACAGCUUGAGGGACCGAUGUGGAGAGAAAUCAGAGGUAAAGGACUUGCCUAUUCUUAUAGCAUGACACUGCAGCCAUCAGAAGGUUCUCUCAAUCUAAAGCUAGCCAGAGCAGCUCAGUUGACAAGAGCUUAUGAAGAAGCUCUUAAUAUUUUGAAUUCACACAUCAACGGAUCAACAUCGUGGGACACAAACCUGCUUGAGUCAGCCCGCAGCUCCCUCAUCUACGAGAUCAUUGACAGAGAGGCUGUUGUAUCCGAUGUUGUGCAGCAAUCCCUCCUAGCAUAUUUCCGCAGGGUGCCACAUUCUUACAACAAGGAUCUUAUUGACAAGAUUUCAAGUGUAACACUAGAAGAUGUAAAACGUGUUGCACUGAAGUACUUCACGCCCCUCGUAAAUCCCCAAACCUCUCGAACUGUUAUUGUUUGUCAUCCUUCUAAAGUCAGGGAGACCGAAGAGGAGUUGCGAAAGUUUGGCCAGAACUUGGAAGUAAUUGCCUCGCUUGAGGACAGCAGAUUUGGACACUUAAUCUGAACACUAAAUUAUUAGAAGGGAAAGGAUUUUUUUUUUUUUUUUCUACGUGAUAUUGUUACAACUACAAACUGGUCAUGAGUAAAACUGAUCCUAUUGUUCAUAGCAGCUUUGUUGGAUCUCUUUAUAUGAACUCCUAAAAGUUAAUUUAAUGUCAUGUAGAUUCAUAUUUUUAUUACAUUAUUACUAUUUCCUAUCCAGUCCCCCAAUCCUUAAAUAUAUUUAAAUGAACUCAGGUUUCAGUUACUUUGAAGGAAUUGCUUAUUUGUCACUUUUGAUGUGAUGCAACUGAAGGACAAGCUAAUUAUGCCUCUCCUCUUCCAGAAAAAAGGAAUAAGAUAGUGAUUUAUUGUUUUGUCAUUUUUGGAAGAUAGCAUCAGAGAGAUGCCAAGUUACUAAAUCAUGGAAAGAGAGAUUAAGAAAUUCAUAGAUUUAUAUAUAUAUUUUGCAUUUUUAAACAAGGGCUUCUGACUGUAAGAUAUUUGAAGACAAUAACAGGUUGAAUCACCAAACUUUAAACAGUUGUGCACAAUUUUAUCAAGAGCUUGGCACUAAAAUUAUCUUUAUAUUGCUUACACUGGUAAACAAAAUUACCUGUAGCAGUCACCAGAUCCAGCAUACUUCAAUUGCAUUUAUGUCUUCAAGAUUAGUAUACCCAUGUAUCUUUAUCUUAUUUAUGAGAAGUUUUAAAUAAAUCAUUUUAUAAAAUUUUCACAAGAUGUACUUUGAGUCACCAAUAAAAAAUGUGCUUUCAAAAGGAAAAGGUUGUUACAAAUUAUUAAAUUUUGUUACCAUAUUUUUAUAAGUAGUAUAGUUAUUUUGGUUUACAAUGUUCUUAUAAUUAGCUUGAGCGUAAUAUGUCUUUUUGCUACAAGUAAUUUAUGUAAGAUUUAUUUUAUAUUCUGCUGUAUGCUAAAGUUAGGAAUUAGAAACACCAAGAUAUUUUUUUAUCGGAAUGUCUAUAGAGUAUUAUUAUUUAUCCGUAUCUCUUGAAAUAUUCAGAGACUGUGACUAAGAUCAUUUAUUUGAACUAUUAAACAGUGAUAAAAACA